UUCCUUCGUAUAUGAACAAAAACGCUUUCGUUCAUCUUUUAUCACAUCCCUAAUCCCUAAUAUUCCUAAUAACAAAACCCUUAACCCUAAGUGAAACUCAUUCACGCAGCGCCUCCCUCAGUCCCUAACCCCUGUUCUGAAAUCUCCAUCCUCCUCGAUAGCGCCCCAUCCAUUCGUAGAGUCGUAGACCGUAGCGCGUCCCUACCUCCUCCUCCAUCCGCGGUGCCCUUCUCCUUCCCUGCCAUCCUUCUCACGCAAUCCGCGGUGGUGGCACGUUCCUCGUCGCCAAGUCACGAGUCCCUACCACGGCGCUCUUUUCCGUCGCAGAUAGCGCCAUCGUCCAAGAAGCCCUCGCCGUCACCAAGCACCUCCUUUGUCUUUGUCACCAAACAGCCCUCUUCGUCGCCAAUAAAUACUGUUUCGAUCCCAGAAUUGUACAAUGGAAUAAGUGAUAAGCUUCCUAAAUUUUAUUAUUCUGUAGGUGGUUAUACUGCUGAGAUGCUUAAUCUAUUGGAAGUGUUACAGAAAGAUAAGUUCAAUCCCAUAUUCUAUGUUGCUGCUGCUACUGAUAAUAUGAGUCUUCAAAAGGCUCAGUUGCUGGAGAAUUCCUUGGCAGAUCAGAGAGUGUGCUAUCCUGCAAUACCAGAUGGCCAAUCUUUGGUGCCUUUGGAUUUUGGUGCCAUAUUUGUCAAACUUACAAAAGUGCAGAAUGGAACAAGGAUCGCUAAUACUGCUCAGUUCAUGAAGAUUUAUAACCUCAGUUUGGACUACAAUAUUUGCAAUAGUGCAUGCCAUAUGGCUAAUGAUUAAGAUUAGACCUGAAGUGGUAUUAUGUUAUCCUUAAUUGCUUUUGUCAAUAAUUUCUACUACUCUGUAACAUAUUGAAUACUUUUGUGUUGUUACAAUCUAGAUACUUUGCAAUGGGCCUGGAACUUGUAUUCCCAUAUGUGCAAUUGCUUUCUUAUUUAAGGUUCUUAUAUCCUUCAUUUCCAUUAUACUAUUAA